CUACAACCAUAGCUGAUAAAAAUACGGCCUACAAGAUUAUCUUCUAUGGCCGCGGAUUAUAUAUCAUUGAUAUAUACUAUUAUAUACUUAUCUAUGGACGGACGUCAGACGAUAGUCCACCGGUAUAUGAAAUACGGCAACCGUUAAUAUAACGAAAUGAACAGUUAUUAUAGGUUUGCCGUUUGGGCCAAAAAAUGUUGUCAAAAAAAUGCAGCAGCAGCUGUUCACGCCGUAUCGUUUACUUGAAGUCGACUGAUAUUUGUUUUACCAACCAGCGGACAGUGGCUACAAAUCAAUGGGGUUUUUCAUACCUACCCUGUAUUAUGAUUUAUGAAUUGUAUGCCUAAUAUAUUCAAUAAACAUGGAUUAUCAGUCUUCAGAUUUAGUAACUCUAUGGAGUGAGUUGGGAAACCUUGCUCAAAAUAAUUUUAAUACUAUUAACGUAACAACAGAGGAGCAAAUACUUAAAUUGGACAAAGUGUAUCGUGAUGUAAUCGAAUAUGCCAGUAAAAAUAGUCAAACACUUAAUGUAACAGAAAAGAAAGUUUCUAAGAGACAAUCAAAAAUCAAAAAUCCACCUAUUUCAGUUGGUGAUUUAUUUGCAAAUGAGCCUGGUUUCCAAGAACCAACAGUAACACUUGUUCGUAGAACUACACGACAAGCUUCAAUUGUUGCAAUAAAUAAAAUGAAAAAUUGGACAAAAUCAACAACCUUAUCUGAUGAUAUUACACCACAUGGACAUCCAAUUGGAAAUUCUACUGUUAUCGGAAAUAAGCCAAGUAUUUCAGAUAAUUUAGUUGAAUUUAUUUCACCUCCUUUGUUUUCACCUGAAAAUAUUGACAAAACUUACAUUAAAAUUCAAACCUGUGAUAAAACGUAUGCAAUACCUGCUAAUAAAGAGUUUGGAAACAUUCUUGAUAAAUCAGUUGAUGUAGAAAAUGUUUCAACUUCUAACACAGCAAUGAAAAAAGAUGGGAAGUUAAUUCAAACAAACCAUAGAAAGCGUGAAAAAUUGGAAGAUAUUGACAUUAAUGUUGAUGAACAGGUCUCACAGCACGUUACUAGAACAAAAAAAAGAAAAAUUGAUGAGGACAAUGAAGUAUUGCGAGUGCCAUUAGAAAAACAAAUAUCAACUCCUCUGAAACCCGUAGAAACACUAACUCCUCAUCAAAUUAGAGAAAAUGGAGCUGAAAAAAGAAAAGAAUUAUAUCUUAAACACAAGGCCGAUCAAAAGAAAAAUGAUGAACUACAAAUAAAAGCAGCUAAACAAAGAGAAGAACAAAUUAAACUCAAUCAAGAAAAAAUUAAUAAAAAAGCUGAAGAAAAAAGAAAAAAGGACGAAAAAUUAAAAGAAAAAGAACUGAUUUUAAAAGCAGAACACUUAAAAAAACUAAAACAAGCAGAACUUCGGAAAGCUGAAAUAAUUGCUAAAAAGAAACUAGCAGAGGAAGCAAAUUUAUUAAAAAUACAAAAAGCAGAAGCUAAACUUAAAGAAAAUGAAUUAAAUAAUCCAGGAAAAAGUAAUACUAUUCGUUCUAAAAUACCAUCGUCAUCAACACAAUCAUUUAAAACAGCUACGUUACAAAAAAUUAAAACAAAAAAUGUUGAAAAUUCAAAAGAUGAUUAUGGAUUAAACGAUGUAUCAGCUCAAGAUUCUUCCGAAGAUGAGACUGGACCUAAAAGAACUAUUCCGGAAUGGGCAAAACGAGAGAAUAGAGUAUUGCAACUUCAAGUUCAUGCACAUGUUGACUCGACAAAAAGAGAUCUAUUUUUUGAUUGUCCUAAGGAAUUUAAUCUAAAAAAAAUGUUCAAAGGAUUAAGUAUUCGCGACCGUCCACGCACAUCAAGCGCAGUAUGGACUACACCUCCACGAUACAGUGAAUAUAUUCGUAGAUAUUAAUCUAAUUUUUAUUUCAAUGAAAAACAAUUUUUUAUUUAUAUUGAUUUAUUAUCAAUUUUUUUUUUUAUUCCUAUAAAAAGUAUAGUUUAUAAAUGCAACUUUUGAUCAGUUAUAAAACUUAAAAAUUAUUAUUUUCAUUAAAAUUAAAUUUAGUAAAGUUUUAUUAAUAAUGAAACUAAAUUUAAUACUUACUUAACCACCUUUACUUUAUAUACAAUGCAUUGAUUUUUAGGAUUACGUAUCCCU